UAAACACAGACAAAAACAACUUUGAAAAAGGCAAAGAGGACAAAUUCACCAUAGAAGCGCCGAACUCGGGCAAAGUGAGGAAAAUCGCUAUCGGCCAUAAUAACAAAGGCUCUUCAGCGGGAUGGUUUGCAGAAAAGGCGUGCGGGCCGGCUGGUUCUUGGACAGCGUUCGGAUCCUGGUCCCGCUGAACGGGAAGGACUACACGUUCCCGUGCCAUCGCUGGCUGGCCAAGGGGGAAGCGGACGGGAAGACGGAGGUGGAGAUUUACCCCAGCGAGAUCCUGGACACGCGCCGACUGAUCAACUACGAAAUAACAGUCGUGACCGCAGAUGAGACGUUUGCCGGCACCAAGGCCAAAGUUUUCGUCCAGAUCUACGGCGACAAAGGGAAGACGGAGGUCAUCAAGCUAGAAAGCCGCUCCAGAAACUUUGAGAGGAGUUCAACGGACGUAUUCAAGGUCGAGGCCAAGGACGUGGGAAAGGUAUUCAAGAUCCGUAUCGGCCACGACGGCUCGGGCAUUGGAUCCGGCCGGUUCCUGGAGAGGGCGGAGGUCAAGCACGUCACGACGGAGGACAAGAAGAAGAAAAAGAAGAAUGACGAGGAAGGCGCGGAGGAGAUGCAGGAAGCGGUGGUGACGUAUGGUUUCCCCUGCUCACGGUGGCUGGCCCGCGGCGAGGAAGACGGCGAGCUGCAGGUGGAGCUGCUGCCUGACGGAGCAGAAGACCUCCACGUCAACACCUACGAAGUGUGCGUCUUGACGGCCGGCGCGCCGGGAGCCGGGAGCGACGCCGACGCCUUCAUUAAUAUUUACGGCGAGUACGGAGACACCGGAGAGCGCUACCCCGGGAACUCCGACAACCUCAACAAAUUGGAACGAGGCGAGGAGGACGUUUUCAUCGUGACAGCUGUAGAUUUGGGUCCCCUGAAGAAGCUUCGGAUCCGUCACGACGACUCGCCGUCGUAUUCAUCGUGGUGUCUGGAUGGUGUGGAGAUAGUGGACACAAAGGAUGACACGACGUGCUACUUUCCGUGUAACCGCUGGCUGGCCGUGGAUGAGGACGACGGGCAGAUAGCGAGGGAGCUGGUUCCUGUGGAUGAGGCCUUCGUGAAGAAAGAUGAGGAUGAAGAGGGAGGCGGCGUCACUCUGGGGCUUGAGCAGAAAGCCAUGUCCACUACGUAUACAAUUAAACUAAAAACUGGAGAAAAGAAGUACGCUGGAACCGAUGCUAACGUCUUUGCGAUAUUAUUUGGAGAGAACGAUGACACAGGUAAGGAAAAAAAAACCAUCAGAGCCCAGCGUGUUCAUUUGAAAUUCACGUCACACACUGGUAUCAUCAACCUGAAGGCCUGCGAGAACUACAAGAACAAGUUUGAGCAGGGCGCAGUCAACGAGUUCACCGUGGAGGCGGUGGACCUGGGCGAGCUGGAAAAGCUUCGAAUCGGUCACGACAACUCCGGCGGCUCACCCGGUUGGUUCUUGGACUGGGCGGAGAUCGACGCCCCCUCGCGGGGUCUGAGGCUACGCUUCCCAUGCGGCCGCUGGUUGGACAGAGGAGAGGACGACGGUGCCAUCGUGAGAGAUCUCCAUCCUGCCGAGUUGCAGACUGAGCUGUACACGCCAUUCGCGCCCUACGAGCUGAAGGUCUACACCGGCGACGUGUCGGGCGCUGGCACCGAUGCGGAUGUGUUUGUGGUUCUGUACGGCCAGAAAGGGAUCUGCACUCUGCAGAAGGGUUUGUGUGUCAACAAGAGGGAGAGGCGGCUGCACUUUGGGAGGGGAGCCGAGGACGUGUUCAUCGUGGAGAUGGAACUGGAGCCUUAG